AUGGCUCCUCCAGAGGAAAUUAGUGCCGCCGCCAGCACCACCACCACAGGCCAUCUGAGUCGUAAGGCGAAUGGGAGCCGGGGUUACGUGACAUUCCUGGCAGGGGACGGUGACUAUGUGAUCGGACUGGUCAAGGGGUUGAGGAAAGUGAAGUCUGCUUACCCCCUUGUGGUAGCUGUGCUGCCUGACGUCCCGGAGGAGCACCGCCGCAUGCUGCUUGCUCAAGGUUGCAUUGUCCGCCAGAUUCAGGCACUGGACGCCCUCCACUGCUUGCAGCCUGCCCGCUUCGCCCGCCCUUAUUACAUCAUUAACUAUUCCAAACUUCGCAUCUGGGAGUUUGUGGAGUACGAUAAGAUGAUAUACUUGGACGGAGACACUCAAGUGUUUGAGAACAUCGACCAUCUGUUCGAGCUGCCAGACGGCUACUUCUACGCGGUGGUGGACUGCGUGUGCGCGACGUGGGAGCGACCCUGCUCCGAGAGGCUGCCUUGGCCCGCCGCAGAGUUGGGACCGGAGCCACCCUUCUACUUCAACGCUGGCAUCUUCAUGUUCGAGCCCAGCCACCGCACCUACGCCAGCCUCCUCACCACUCUCAACGUAACCCCUGUCACUGCCUUCGCUGAACAGGACUUUCUCAAUAUGUUCUUCAAGGACAUGUACAGGCCUCUCCAUCCGUCUUACAACCUCCUUCCUUCCAUGCUGUGGCGCCACCCGCAAAGCGUCCAGCUUCACACUGUCAAAGUCGUUCACUAUUGCGUUGAGGGGUCCAAACCGUGGAGGCAUACCGGGAAAGAAGACAACAUGGACAGGGAAGACAUCAAGAUGCUGGUCAAGAAGUGGUGGGACAUUUACGAGGACGACUCCUUGGAUUUCAAGCCCGACACCGACGUCUUACCGGCGCCCAAUAAAGCUGGUGGCAAGCUGUUGGCUCUGUUGUCGGAGACGGGCGGCACCGCUGUCGACGUCCAGUGCCUGCUAGAAGCCCCAUCAGCUGCUUGA